CUUCUUGUGGCUAACGUUGUGCACAUAACAUGUUGAGGAGGCGUUCUUUGUGCCAUUGUUCAAUCAAGUAAAAACGAGAAAACGGAUAAAUGGACCGUGGGUCGAAGCACAGGCAGGUGAAGCCUCUGGCUGCCUCUCUGCUGGACGCCUUAGAUUAUGACAGCUCAGACGACAGUGAUUUCGAAGUGGGAGACGCAGAUGCCUCAGGGUCAGAGGGUAGUGCCAUUGGGAGUGAUGAGGAGAGGUCCAAGGAGGAGAGCGCUGCUGAGGACUCUGACAACAACAGCGACUCUGACAACAUCGGCUCUGCAAUGGACGGUGAGGAACAGACCAAGGAGCUGACAGGUGACGACACCCCCACAGAGGAAGAGGAGAGGACCAAGGAAGAGCAGCCGUCCUCUGACACUAGCACCACCACCACUAAAGACCCUGCUCAAUCAGGGAUGCCCAGGGGCCGACGGAGGAGAGAGGAGAAGGCCUCGGACACAGAGGCUGGGAGUGGAGGAAGUGGGAGUGGCACAGGUCGUGGUAAUGCGGUAGUGGUAAUGCGGAGGACGGCCGCGACACAGGAGCCCAAGAAGUGGAACCUGCGUUGUAAACGCCCCAUGCUGGACUUCACCUCCAUGGAAGAGCUCAACGAGAUGGACGACUACGACAGCGAAGACGACAAUGACUGGAGACCCACCUCCGGCAAGAAGAAAGCCAAGACGGCGGCCACUCAGAGAGGAGGAAGUGAGGGAGAGGAGGAGGAGGAAGAUGACGACGGAGGGAGCGGUAGUGAGGAUGAUGACAACAAUGAUGACGAUGGUGGUGAUGAUGAAGAUGAGAACGAAGAAGGGAGCAGUAGCGACAGUGAUAAAGAGGUGAAGAAACCUAAUAAGAAAGUGAUAAGCAUCAGUGUGUUUGACAAGGAGCUGACCAAUGACAGCAUGUCACAGGGAAAGAGCAACAAGGAUGCCCUGCUGGAGCGUGCCCAGGCGUGGAGUGCGGUGGCCCAGAGGAUGGAACACAUCCUGAUCUGCUGCGUGUGUCUGGGAGACAACAGCGAGGACGCUGACGAGAUCAUCCAGUGUGACAACUGUGGUGUGACUGUACACGAAGGUUGCUAUGGAGUGGACGGGGAGAGCGAUUCCAUCAUGAGUUCUGCCUCGGAGAACUCCACAGAACCGUGGUUCUGUGAUGCCUGCAAGAACGGAGUCACGCCCAGCUGUGAGCUCUGCCCCAAUCAGGACGGGAUCUUCAAAGAGACUGACGCUGGGAGAUGGGUCCAUGUGGUUUGUGCGCUCUACGUCCCUGGAGUAGCGUUUGGGGACAUUGAUAAACUACGACCAGUGACUCUCACAGAGAUGAAUUACUCCAAGUAUGGGGCCAAGGAGUGCAGUUUCUGCGAGGACACCCGGUUCGCCCGGACAGGCGUGUGUAUCAGUUGUGAUGCUGGCAUGUGCCGAUCCUACUUCCAUGUGACCUGUGCUCAGAGGGAGGGGCUUCUCUCCGAGGCAGCUGCGGAGGAGGACAUAGCCGAUCCCUUCUUUGCGUACUGUAAGCAGCAUGCGGACCGCUAUGACAGGAAGUGGAAGAGGAAGAACUACCUGGUUCUCCAGUCCUACUGCAAGGCGUCUCUACAGGACAAAGAGAAGCAGCUGGCCCCCGAGGCACAGGCCCGUAUUACCACCCGGCUGCAGCAGUACCGGUCCAGGGCAGAGCUGUCCCGUAACACCCGGCCCCAGGCCUGGGUCCCCCGGGAAAAGCUGCCGCGACCCCUGACCUCCAGCGCCUCCGCCAUCAGGAAACUCAUGAGGAAGGCUGAGCUCAUGGGCAUCAGCACGGACAUCUUCCCCGUAGACACGUCAGACAUCAGCGCCAGUGUGGACGGACGCAGGAAACACAAGCAGCCCGCCCUCACUGCAGACUUCGUCAACUAUUACCUGGAGAGGAACAUGAAGAUGGUGCAGAUUCAGGACAAUAUCUCUGAGCAGAAGAGCCUCAAAGACAAGCUGGAGAGUGAGCAGGAGAAGCUGCACGUCGACUACAACAAGCUGUGUGAGUCUCUGGAGGACCUGCAGAAUAUCAACGGUGUUCUGAGGAGUGAGGGCCAGGUCAUAUGGACCAUGCUGGGAGGAAUCCUAGGACAGAAACUGGACUCCCCGUCGGUCCUGAAAGCCCCUAAAGAGAGGAAGCCCAGCAAGAAGGAGGGAGGAGCUCCUGGGAAGUCCUCCAACCAACCAGCUGUCCUCUCCAGCUGUGGGAUCUGUAAGAAAAACCAGGACCAGCAUCUCCUGCUCCUGUGUGACACCUGCAAGCUCUACUACCAUCUGGGCUGUCUGGAACCUCCCCUGACACGCAUGCCCAAGAAGACCAAGAACAGCUACUGGCAAUGUUCAGAGUGUGACCAGGCCAGUAGCGAUGAUGCCGACAUUGCCAUGGAGACCCUGCCCGACGGCACCAAAAGGUCUCGGAGACAGAUUAAAGGACCAAUCAAAUUCAUCCCUCAGGAGAUGUCCCCAGAGCCCAAGAAACGAGAUGUGACGGGCACGGUUAUUGUCCUGCUGAAUGGUGGAUUUGUCUCCCAGUGUCUAUUGGAAAGCAGACUGAACCAGAGAACCAGAGGGCAGAAGAGGAAGAGGGUGUCCGUCUGUGAGGAAGAAAAGUUUGAGGUGCAGGAACCGGCUCUACGGGAGCGGCGUCAGCGCCAGUCUGCGAUGCAGAAGAAGACACCUAAAGCAGACGACACUAGGACCGACUGUACAUCCUGCAAAGGACCUGGGGACAAUGAGAACCUCGUCAGGUUGUGAGAGCCGGGGCAGACACCUCUCCUCACCUCCCCACACCUAGACUGCUGGACAGAUGAGAGAGAGAAGCAGACCUUUGGCUUAGAGGCAGAGAGGGACUUAAUUACGUGGAAGAAUGACAGCGGCGGUGUGGGAUCAGAUGGCCAUCUUUGACCUUCCAACCACGGUCUUCUUCGUGACCCAAAUUGGACCUUCUACUGGCCGUCCAAUUAAAAUUGAGGGAGAGAGGCAGAAAUGGAAAUGAACUUUGAUGAAUUCUAAAAUACUUGUUGAAAUUAGCAAAUUAAGUUUUGGAAGGUUCAGUAUUACUGAACUGGUCAUUCUUGGAAGAAAAACAGGCCCGUUAUGAUCAUCACUGCCAACUCUAAGAGUCCAUAUCGAAGGACUAAGGUCUAUCUAGAGUAAGGAGUGAUUCUGAAACUGAACAAUAUUACUAGAAGCAUCUCAUUGGUUACCCGUCUGUCUGCUCCUCUCUAUUCCUCUAACAAUGGUGCUUCUUCUCUUCCCCAUUUUUGUCUCCCUUGUUCCCUUUUCUGUUUCUCUACCCGUGUCUCUUCACUCUCUCCUCAGCCCCCUUCCCUCUCUCAUCCAUUCGAUGUUGACCUCCCUAAGCAUCUUAUCACCACAUCCAAUCAGUUGUAUUGACUCGAGUCAUUUGUGGUCCAAUCACAUAGUGUUUUCCUCAGUAAAGGCCUUUAAUUGGAGAUGCACUUGAACUUAAGCUCUCAUCAUCUUCUUCUAGUGUUGUGUUGUCGUCAAGUAGAACUUUCUAGAGUAGAGGAAAAGUAGUGAUUUUUAGUAGAAUGAUUUUCCUUUCUGGUGUUUGAGAAGUACUGUAAGUAGCUGCUUAGAUAAGGUUUAACAUAUUGAAAAUUGCAACAUUCGUAGUAAUGGUUAUUGUAACUUCUAAUGUGAAUGUGUGUGUACAGUAGGUUUUUAGUCUCCCUUCCUUCCUCUCUUUAAUAUUUUUAAAGUGACAGUUUAACUCUGAGUUCUAUUGGAAGUGUGUGUGUGCACGCACCUCCCCAGUGCCCCAUAGUGAGUGCUGUCAACUGAGCAGCUGCCAUGUGGUCUGUCUGUCAGGGUCCUUGACAGAAGUGUCACAGUUUGCCCUCACAUGUCACUCCUCCGCUCAUCUCCCCAUCCCAGGACCCUCUAUGUCACUACUCCUCUCUUCUGCCCAUCUGUCUGGGGACCCUAUAUCCAUGGCUCUGGGAGCUGCCAAACCUCACAUAAUGCUUAGGUCCACUGGAAAAUCUGCUGAGGAAAUAAAUAUGGUGGUUUGGUAGUUUUCCUGUGGAGAUUAGAGAUGCCUGUACAGGAUGACCUGGUCACUCACCACGUCAUGUCACCCCCACGAGCCCACCUCAUCCCUCAUCCUUUUCAUGCUCUUCCGUCUCCUCCUCAAAAAAAAUAGAGUACUGUCCAUGAGCUACAGCCUCUAGCUAACCCUACUACAGCUAACCAGCUAACUCUACUACAGCUAACCAGCUAACACUACUACAGCUAACCAGCUAACCCUACUACAACUACCCAGCUAACCCUACUACAGCUAACCAGCUAACUCUACUACAGCUAACCCUACUACAUCUAACCAGCUAACCCUACUACAGCUAACCCUACUCCAGCUAACCCUAAUGCAACUAACCCUACUGCAGUUAACCCUACUUUUAGCUAACCUUACUCCAGCUAACCUUACUCCAGCUAACCCUACUCCAGCUAAUCCUAUUCCAGUUAACCCUACUAAAGCCAACCCUACUACAGCUAACCCUACUCAAACUAACCCUACCCUACUACAGCUAACCAGCUAACCUUACUCCAGCUAAACUUACUCCAGCUAACCCUAUUCCAGUUAAAUCAAAUCAAAUCAAAUGUAUUUAUAUAGCCCUUCGUACAUCAGCUGAUAUCUCAAAGUGCUGUACAGAAACCCAGCCUAAAACCCCAAACAGCAAGCAAUGCAGGUGUAGAAGCACGGUGGCUAGGAAAAACUCCCUAGAAAGGCCAAAACCUAGGAAGAAACCUAGAGAGGAACCAGGCUAUGUGGGGUGGCCAGUCCUCUUCUGGCUGUGCCGGGUGGAGAUUAUAACAGAACAUGGCCAGGAUGUUCAAAUGUUCAUAAAUGACCAGCAUGGUCCAAUAAUAAUAAGGCAGAGCAGUUGAAACUGGAGCAGCAGCACGGCCAGGUGGACUGGGGACAGCAAGGAGUCAUCAUGUCAGGUAGUCCUGAGGCAUGGUCCUAGGGCUCAGGUCCUCCGAGAGAGAGAAAGAAAGAGAGAAUUAGAGAGAGUACACUUAAAUUCACACAGUACACCGAAUAGGACAGGAGAAGUACUCCAGAUAUAACAAACUGACCCUAGCCCCCCGACACAUAAACUACUGCAGCAUAAAUACUGGAGGCUGAGACAGGAGGGGUCAGGAGACACUGUGGCCCCAUCCGAGGACACCCCCGGACAGGGCCAAACAGGAAGGAUAUAACCCCACCCACUUUGACAAAGCACAGCCCCCACACCACUAGAGGGAAAUCUUCAACCACCAACUUACCAUCCUGAGACAAGGCCGAGUAUAGCCCACAAAGAUCUCCGCCACAGCACAACCCAAGGGGGGGCGCCAACCCAGACAGGAAGAUCACAUCAGUGACUCAACCCACUCAAGUGACGCACCCCUCCUAGGGACGGUAUGAAAGAGCCCCAGUAAGCUAGUGACUCAGCCUCUGUAAUAGGGUUAGAGGCAGAGAAUCCCAGUGGAAAGAGGGGAACCGGCCAGGCAGAGACAGCAAGGGCGGUUCGUUGCUCCAGAGCCUUUCCGUUCACCUUCCCACUCCUGGGCCAGACUACACUCAAUCAUAUCACUGAAGAGAUGAGUCUUCAGUAAAGACUUAAAGGUUGAGACCGAGUUUGCGUCUCUUACAUGGGUAGGCAGACCCUUCCAUAUAAAUGGAGCUCUAUAGGAGAAAGCCCUGCCUCCAGCUGUUUGCUUAGAAAUUCUAGUUAACCCUACUAAAGCCAACCCUACUACAGCUAACCCUACUCCAACUAACCCUACCCUACUACAGCUAACCAGCUACCCCUACUCCAGCUAACUAGAUAAUCCAGCUAAUCAUACCCUACAACAGCUAACCCUACCCUACUCCAGCUAACCAGCUACCCCUACUCCAGCUAACCCUACCCUACUACAGCUAACCCUACUCCAGCUAACCCGACCCUACUACAGCUAACCAGCUAACCCUACUCCAGCUAACUAGAUACUCCAGCUAAUCCUACCCUACUCCAGCUAAUCCUACUCCAGCUAACCCUACCCUACUCCAGCUAGCCAGCUAACCCUACUCCAGCUAACCCUACCCUACUCCAGCUAACCCUACCCUACUCCAGCUAACCCUACCCUACUCCAGCUAACCCUACCCUACUACAGCUAACCCUACUCCAGCUAACCAGCUAACCCUACUCCAGCUAACCCUACCCUACUACUGCUAACCAGCUAACCCUACCCUACUACAUCUAACCCUACCCUACUCCAGCUAACCCUACCCUACUACAGUUAACCAGCUAACCCUACCCUACUACAGCUAACCAGCUAACCCUACUUCUACUAACCUUAGCUCUGGCUCUGUAUAUAUAUAUAACCAUCAGACCAAGGGUUAGGCUAUGGCCAACUGUGUAUCUGACUGUAGCCUACAGUAAAUGUACUUUUAACAUGGCAAUACGUGGUGUGUUCCAUCCGUUUAGAGUGUGUGAAUGAACACCUGGUAGCUGUGUUGUGUGAUCGGUGUGUACAGUAUUUAUUGAUUGAUUUGAAGUCCAUGCUUUUUUGUGUCUUUUAUUUGUGCAUUCAUUCUUGAUUUUAUAUCGCAAUACGCCUUUUGUUAUUACUGUAUUGUGAAGAAAUUGAGUUAAGCUCACUUUUGUGUAGGAACCUUAAAGGACUCCUUGCUAGAAAUAUUAAUUGUUUACAUAUUUGUUUAGCAAUACAUGCCUUUAUGCUACUAUUUGUUUACACACAUACCUAUAUGUGAUUAGUAUUAUUUGUAUAUUUCUAUAUGUAAUUAUUUCUAACAUGUUGUGGUAUUACCACAUUUGGUAGAAGUUCAUACAGUAACUGUGAUAUACUGUAUGGAGUAAGAAUGUUGCUGAUAUGUGUGAAUGUGAAGUAUCCCGAACUCCCAGCCCCUAAGGCCCUCAGCAUUACAGCGGAGCUUUAAUAAACUCUUGACUUUUUCACCUUAUUGCCAUAGUGAUAAAUGAGCGUUAGACAGCUAAUUAAUUG